AUGCUGAAUCUCGCAGUUCCCAUCACACCACCCAAACCAGGCUCUCAAGCCGCGCAGAUGUCGCCCGCACAGUUUCUUGUCUCUUCCCCUACUCGAGCCUCGGUAAAGAGGAAGGCGUCGCUCCCAAAGGUCACAGAGAUGCAGGCGAAGCGAUUCUGUCUCGAACCACCACCAAACUCCGACGAUACUACAAUGCCAGUUCUUGAAGAAGGUCCGGAAGGCUCACAUGAAAAUCAGGGUGCUGGACUCAUUCCUGAUCUACUUUAG